CCCAAUCAGAUCCAUAGAGGCUCGGCAAAUUGGCAAACAGAUUUAAAUAGCUGACAGGUGACAACAGGCCAAAGAUUUCUUCCUAAAGUUCUUGCAGAUUAGAAACCUGCAAUAAAACGCGUAGACCUUCUACUCCCUCUUCUCUCUUUCUGUGGAUUUCAACUUUCUCCGAUCCAAACACAUGCCUCUCGGAACGCUUCAAGUUCUUCUCGUCGAUGCCAAGGGCCUCGACAACAAUGACUUUAUGGCUGACAUGGAUCCCUAUGUCCUUUUAACAGUAAAGACCCAAGAGAAGCAAAGCACUGUGGCCUCAGGGCAAGGAUCUGCACCAGAAUGGAAUGAAACAUCCGAACUUCAGUUGAAAAUCAUGGAGAAGGAUAACUUCAGCGCGGAUGAUUUUGUCGGAGAAGCAACCGUUUGUUUGGAGCCAGUGUUCAGUGAAGGAAGCCUUCCUCCCGCUGCAUACAAUGUUGUCAACAAGGACAAAGAAUUUUGCGGAGAGAUCAAAAUCGGACUCACAUUCACUCCUGAGCCUGAGAGAAGCAACGACUUUCCUUCUGGAGGGUAUGGUGAAUCUGAGGAGAGCUAUGGCGGAUGGAAACAAUCGUCUUAUGGGGAGGAGUAGGGCUGUAUCGAAUGAGGAAAGAGAAGCUUCAGUGAUCUUGGAGGUUUAUGUUUUUUGGUGUGUGUCAGUGUUUAAACCUACAUAUUUAUGUGCCUCAACUUGUUUGAAGGACUGAAAUCAUCCGUCAAGUUGGUUUUGAUUUCGAUUGUUUUUA